AUGCCGGCCCCUGCCCAGCCGAUUCCCUCCGCAAGGGAGGCUGCCGGGGGGUGGCGCCAAGCCCGGCCGGACCGCCUCUCCAUCCGCGCCGGGGGAGGCGCGCCCGCUCCGCCCGCCCGCCCGCCCGCCCGCGCCCAGCGUGGCCCUUCGGCCGGCCUCCCUCCGUCCCUCCAUCCCUCGCUCGCUCCCAUCCGGAGGGCCGCGAUGCCCAGCCCCGACGCCGCCCCGACGCCGCCCGCGCCGGCCGAGGAGGAGGACCAGGACGCCGCCGCCGCCUUCUGGAUCGAGGGCUCCCGCCGCGACUGCGCGCUCGACCGCUUCUACCGCCGCGGCGCCGAGCUGGGCAGGGGUGCCACAUCGGUGGUGUACAGCUGCGAAGAUAAAGAGACCCAUGCCCAGUAUGCUGCCAAAAUAUUGCAGAAGACGAUAGACAAGAAAAUUGUCCGGACCGAAAUAGGCGUUUUGCUGAGACUCUCGCAUCCAAAUAUAAUCAAGCUCAAAGAGAUCUUCGAGACCCCCUCGGAGAUCACCCUCAUCCUCGAGCUCGUGACAGGUGGCGAACUCUUCGACAGGAUUGUAGAGAGGGGCUUCUACAGCGAGAGAGAUGCGGCCAAUGUGGUAAAGCAAAUCCUGGAAGCCGUGUCUUAUCUGCAUGCCAACGGCGUGGUCCACCGCGACCUGAAACCAGAGAAUCUCCUCUACGCAGAUCUCUCCCCGGACGCUCCUCUCAAAAUUGGUGAUUUUGGGUUAUCCAAGAUUGUGGACGAACAGGACACGAUGAAAACUGUGUGCGGCACCCCAGGAUAUUGUGCUCCUGAAAUCCUCCAAGGGUCGCCGUACGGUCCAGAAGUGGAUAUGUGGUCGGUCGGAGUCAUAACGUACAUCUUGUUGUGUGGCUUCGAACCGUUCUUCGACCCGAGAGGGGAUCAAUAUAUGUACAGCAGGAUUCUAAACUGUGACUACGAAUUUGUCUCUCCUUGGUGGGACGAGGUGUCGCUCAACGCGAAAGAUUUGGUUCAAAAACUGAUCGUUUUGGAUCCCCAGAAAAGGCUGACGGUGCAGCAGGCUCUGGAGCAUCCCUGGGUCAUGGGCAAAGCUGCUAAGUUUGCUCACAUGGACAGUACGCAGAAGAAACUACAGGAAUUCAAUGCGAGAAGGAAGCUGAAGGCGGCAAUGAAGGCGGUCGUGGCUUCUAGCCGUCUGGGCAACCACAGCCACCACGACGGUUCUCGAAACGGGCGUCAUCCGGACACGGCCAAAGAACCCCGCCUGGACCAGGGAGCAGAGAGCCCCCACGUUGGCGAAGACGACCUUUACAGCAAACCCUCCGGGACCAGUUUGCCAGAGGCUGACCCGGCAGCCCCUUCGGCCGAUGCGGAGGCCCUUGAAUCCUUCCGAAUCGAGUACUCCGUCGCCCCGGAGGUUGCGAUGAACGGCAGCGGCUGCCCGAGUUAA